AUGGCUUCUGCGCUCAAUAGCAAAAUGCACCCGCCUGGGACUUGCUCGGGCUCCAAAGCCGAUGCCCGCGGGAGUGCCGGCUGGAGAAUGGACGGGGAUCCGGAGAUCCACGUGAAAAUGUGCAAGAAGAUCGCCCAGCUCACCAAGGUAAUCUAUGCCCUGAACACCCGCCAGGAUGAGGCAGAGGCCAGCAUGGAGGCUCUGCGGGAGGCUCAUCAGGAGGAGCUCCAAAAGGUAGUGGCGGAGACCAGGGCCAGCCUCCUGCAGGACCAGGUCCUAGCCGAGGAGGAUGCCCUCAGGCAGCGCAUUCAGACCCUGGAGAGCGCCCUGGAAAGGCAGAAGAGGCUGACGCAGGAGGCUCAGGCCGAGUCAGCCACCUGCAGGCAGGAGACCAAAGAGAGGGAGCUGAGGGUGGAGGCGGAGCAUGCUGAGCGGGUCCUGACCCUGUCCAAGGAAAUGCUGGAGCUCAAGGCCGACUAUGAGAAGAGACUCUGGCACCUAACGAGCCACGAGAUGCCCCAGCGGGGACGGCUCCCCCCGGAAAGCCCCGACACCAAGGCAGAGCUGAGCCAGGGCCCAGCCUCCGAGAUGCGUGAGGUCCUGCAGGAGGUGGAACGGCUGCGCGUGGAGAACCAGCAACUGAGCAAGGACUACGCCCGCAAGGCCGAGGAGCUGCAGGCCACAUACGAGCGCGAGAACGAGGCAGUCCGGCAGGCCGUGCAGCAGUCGGUGAGCGAGGCUCUGUGGCAGUGGCAGGAGAAGGAGACGGACCUCCGCAGAAACUUCCAGCUGCAGGAGUCCGCCCUGCAGGCCCAGGUCAGGAAGCUCCAAGGGGACCUGGAGCACAGGGGCCGGAAGAUCAGUGACCUGAAGAAGUACGCCCAGAAGCUGAAGGAAAGAAUCCAGGACCUGGACGUGCAGCUCAGGGAGGCUCGCCAGGAGAACUCCGAAUUGAAGAACACAGCCAAAAAACUUGGGGAGAAGCUGGCGUUUGCCAAGGACAGACUGACGCUGCAGGAAUGCUGUGUGUCCCAGAGAAGUGAUGACAUGAAGACUGAACUCGUUUCUGGAAAUGAAGUGGUGGGAGAAGUGAAUGACUUAGAAGCUCAGAGUCUUCAUCCUCAGGAGGACCAGAACUUUCCUAAGGAAUGUCCAGGCCCAAAAGGAAACGCAGAUACACAGACCAAGAAAGAUGCAGGUGUCGAGACAGAGUAUACGAAGCAUAAAUAUGAAGAAGACCUUCGUAAAAUCAAACAUCAGACAGAGGAGGAGAAGAAACGUCUCAGAGACCAGCUCGUGAAGCGCCUGGAAGACAUGGUGAAGAGGCAUACCGUGGAAAUCAAAUCAGUCCAGUCAUCUGUGGAAGCUGAAAGACAGAAAUUGCAGAAGGAAGUAGAGGCACAAUUGGAGGAGGUGAAGAAGAAAUCAGAAAAUGACAUAAAGCAGCUACAAGACGAGAAAGCAGCCCUAAAGGUGAAGCUACAAAAUUCUCUGCUAGAUGUUUUAAGGUUGGAAGAAUUUAUCCAACAAAAUAAGGUCCGUCCCCAAAAAGCUGAGGAGAGGCCCCAGGAAGCUGAUGACAGCAUUUUGGAGACCCAGCCAUUGAAGGGAAGCAGCCAUGGCCGUGCCGUGGGCCUCAACAAGGACCACAAAGUAACCAAGAACGUGAGCCAGCCAAGGUACAGCCGCCGCUAUGGGCGCCUCACCAAGCACAAGUUCGUGCUGGACAUGAUCCGGGAGGUGUGUGGCUUUGCGCCUUAUGAGCACAGGAUCAAAGGGUCCCAGCCCGAGGGAGCUGAUCCACAAAUACCACUGGGUUCUCUGCUGAAGGACAAGGCAGACGAAAUCCAGCGUCUACAGAAGGAGUGGCAGAGCCAGAAGGCGAGUUUACAAGCCCAGGUCUCGCAGCUGCAGCAGAUUCUGGAGCAGUGCACCAGCUCUUACCGCCAGGACCUGCAGGAGCUCCGACAGCUCUCUGAGCACGAAAGGGAGAGGCUGCAGCGCGAGCUGGGAGAGAGCGCUCAGCAGAGCCAGAACCUGAAGGCCCAGCUGGAGGCAUCCCACCAGCGAGCCCUAAGGGUGCUGGAGAAGGCCAAAAACCAAGAACUCAAGGCCAUGGAGGAGCGCCUGAAGAAGGAGUCCAGCCACAGCCUUCAAAUCCAGCACCAGACACACCGGCUGGAACUGCAGGCCCUGGAGGAGAAGGCGAGGCAAGAGCUGCAGGGGGAACGUGAGCGGAUGCAAGAGCAGCAGUCUCUGCUGUUAGAGUCCCUCAGGCAGGAACUGUCUGAGCAGCGGGCUGUGUGCUCCGAGCACCAGCAGGAUUUGGCGGCACUACAGGCCCAGCUGAGGGCUCUGGACAGCUCAGGCCAGCAGCAGGCUGACCCCCGGGCCCCAGAGGACAGCGAGGACCAAGCCCUUACCAUAGAGCAGGGCAGCCUGGGCCAGGCUCCGCCUGGUGCCGCUGAACAGGGGCUGAGCGAGGGCUGCGGACUCCGGGGGGAGACCAGCUCGCAGCUCAAGGACGCGCUACGGCGGCUGCGGGCGGAGGUGGAACUGCACCGGCAGGAGGCGCUACAGCUCCGCGACCAGCUCAGGUUGCUGGAGGAGGACCAGCAAGCCCAGCAGGCGCGGGAGGUGGAGGCACUGCGCAAGGAACACCGGGAAGAGAUGCAAACCAUGGUGGCGGACUUCAGCAGUGCCCAGGCCCGGCUCCAGGCCCGGCUGGCUGCCCUGGAGACAGAACUCAAGGAUUCUGGAGACAAGCCGGGGAAGGGAGCAUCCAGGCCGGAGGACCUUCAGCUCAUAGGCCACCUGCAGACCCUCCUGAAGGAGAGAGAGGGCGCCAUCAAACAGCUCACGGAGGAGAGGCGACUCCACUGCGCGGCGUUUCCCAGCUCCAUGUCCCAUCGGAACCGGUCCUUCUCCUUCAAUCCUCAUCCGGGGUAUUUGACCCCUUCCAUGAAGAAGAAGAUGGAGGAAGUGCCCAGCCGAGUGGUCAGUGUGCCGAACCUCGCCUCCUACGCAAAGAACUUUCUGAGUGGCGAUUUGAGCUCCAGGAUCAACGCCCCUCCAAUAACCAAAUCACCCAGCCUGGACCCCAGCCCCAACUGUGGCCGGCCCUACAAACCCACCCAGUCUCUAGAUGACAAAACGGCCUCAAGGACACAUGAAGGGGAAGCUGCCGAGCCCAAAGGCGGUCAGCAGAAACUGAGUUCUGCACACCAGGAAUGGUUUACCAAGUACUUCUCUUUCUAA